GGACACCCACAGCCCAAGAAGCCUGAAGGCCUUGAAGCUGGACUGGAGGUCUUGCUAAGUGCUGGCUUCAGUUUAACUCUUUAUUUCCUCUCUCCCUUUGAGCAACCUCUAUUAUCAUUCUGCUGAGAAUGGUUUAAGUUGCACCCGUGGCUGGCAUCGAGACCAACUCGAUCAAACCACAGGAUUGCUCCAAACAACAUGAAGAAGCAAAUUGUUGUGUGUUCUGGGGGAACACGCAGACGUCACACAUGACAGGUACCAGCAGUGUGAGCUACGGCUUCUUCCUGCUUGGGGUACAAGGCUGAGAAGGCGUGGAGGGCUGCGAGAUGUCACAGCACGGAUGGCACCACCCGGAACCUGUGUGCUGUCACAGUGCACUGCCACGACGACGCCGGGCCAUCUCCAAGGACAGCCGGCCACUGGUUCCAGGAGCCUCGUUUGUGAGCUGUGCUGCCCGCAGCCGCUCGCCGUGUGCUGAUAAGGACCUUAUCGCGCUCGUCCUCCAAGACUCGGAGAGGUUUGGAGGAAUAUGUCUACCAGCAUGGAUGGAGCUUGGGUGGGGACCUGGAGACCCCAUCGGCCACGUGGCCUCAUCUCAGCCCAGUUCCCCAGACCCGGGCCCCAGUACUUCAUCCCAGGGACAACAGGUUACUUGGGCCACAACCCCACCAAAGUCCGUGCCCCUGCGUACAGCUUUAGAGGGACCAAAUGGCCUUUGGCAGAGAGCUGCGGGCCAGGUCCCUGUUACUUCGUGGAGCCGGACAUCACUAGGAAGGGCAAGUACGUGCCUCCAGGCAGCAACCUCCCGGGACGAAUCAUGACACCCACCACCGUCACCCCCGGACCAAGUGACUACCGCACUGAAGAGGCCAACAGGCAAAUCUUCAAUGUCCCACCAGUCCACUCCAUGGCCUUCCGGCGGGAGCACCUCCAAUCAGGCCUUCGUCCAGGUCCUACCACGUACACGCUGCCCAGGAUGAUGGGGCCCAACCUAGUCUACACAUCGGCCAGCCCCUGCUACUCCGUGAGGAGAAGGUGCCAGCGUGGCAGCUAUGACGAAGACCUUGCCAAGACUCCGGGUCCUGCAGCGCUCCCCAGAGUGGCUGUGGAUGCCUACAAGACCAGGGUGCCCGCAUACACCAUGGCAGCCCAAAUAAAACACGGAGAGGGCAAAGCAGCAAAGCCUGGGCCAGCAGACUACAACGUAGGCCGGGUGACACUGAUCAAACCCCAGGCACCUGCCUCCACGUUUGGGAUCCGGCAUUCCCCCUACACAACCCCUCUGAUGGUGGAAUAAGACACAGCAAAGUCUAGAAGGCCGUGGUUGCUUUCCUGGAAUGGGAGAGUUAAACUGCCAGUUUAACUCUGAUUUCAUUUCCCUGCACCCAGUUGGGCUUUUCCGCAUUUUACUGUUAGAUAUUAGUGUUAGGAAUAAGUCAUCAAUAAAAGUAACCCUAUGCCAUUUACAUGGGUCUGUAAAGGA